GCAGCCUGCCCGCCCUGCAGACUCAGAUGCCUCUCGGGCAGGAAGGCACGCUGGUCGCGGUCCGGGUCUGCCCUCUCUCCUGUUGUGCGGUUUUGGUAGAACGUCAUGACAUGAAUACCUUAAGCUUGCCCCUGAGCAUUCGCCGAGGGGGGUCAGACACCAACCUCAACUUUGACGUACCAGAUGGCAUCCUGGACUUCCACAAGGUCAAGCUCAGUGCAGACAGCCUGAAACAAAAAAUUCUGAAGGUGACCGAGCAGAUAAAAAUUGAGCAGACGUCCCGAGACGGCAACGUCGCCGAGUAUCUGAAACUGGUCAGCAGCGCAGACAAGCAGCAGGCCAGCCGCAUCAAACAGGUCUUCGAGAAGAAGAAUCAGAAAUCCGCUCACUCCAUCGCCCAGCUCCAGAAGAAGUUAGAGCAGUAUCACAGAAAGCUCAGGGAGCUCGAGCAGAACGGAGGCUCCAGAAGCGCCAAGGACAUUUCCAAAGACAACCUCCACGCUCUGAGAGAUGCCACCGCCAAGUCUCGAACUGCCCCCCACAGCACGGAGUGCGCGAAGUCGGGCAUGCCAGGCGUGUCCCUCACUCCGCCCGUGUUCGUCUUCAACAAGUCCAGAGAGUUCGCCAACCUGAUCCGGAAUAAGUUCGGCAGCGCCGACAACAUUGCGCACUUGAAGAACUCUUUGGAGGAGUUUCGGCCCGAGGGCAGUCCCCGGGCCUACGGGGGCAGCGCCACCAUCGUGAACAAACCCAAGUACGGCAGCGACGACGAGUGUUCGAGCGGCACAUCGGGCUCCGCCGACAGCAACGGGAACCAGUCCUUCGGGGCCAGCGGCGCCGGCGCGCUGGACAGCCAGGGCAAGCUGACCGUGAUCCUGGAGGAACUGAGGGAGAUCAAGGACACACAGGCUCAGCUGGCCGAGGACAUCGAAGCGCUCAAAGUGCAGUUCAAGAGAGAGUACGGCUUUAUUUCUCAGACCCUGCAAGAGGAGAGGUACAGGUACGAGCGCCUGGAAGACCAGCUCCAUGACCUGACUGACCUGCAUCAGCAUGAGACUGCCAACCUGAAGCAGGAGCUGGCCAGCAUCGAGGAGAAGGUGGCCUACCAGGCCUAUGAGCGCUCACGGGACAUCCAGGAGGCCCUGGAGUCCUGCCAGACGCGUAUCUCCAAGCUGGAGCUGCACCAGCAGGAGCAGCAGGCUCUGCAGACAGACACCGUGAACGCCAAGGUCCUCCUGGGAAAGUGCAUCAACGUGAUCCUGGCCUUCAUGACCGUCAUCCUCGUGUGCGUGUCGACCAUUGCCAAAUUUGUCUCGCCCAUGAUGAAGAGCCGCUUCCACAUCCUCGGCACCUUCUUCGCCGUGACUCUUCUCGCGAUAUUUUGUAAAAACUGGGACCAUAUCGUGUGUGCCAUAGAAAGGAUCAUAAUACCCAGAUGAAGCCGCCGGUGCCCGUCUUCACGUUCACUCACGUUUCUGUGUUAAGGAAAACUCUGUGCUUACCACCAAAUCUGAAAGCGAACCGUUGUGCUGACUAGAGCCCACCAGCUGGGGCCGCGCGUUGUAAAUAUCUCCAGGCCUCCUCGCGCCGCAGCCGCCGCCGGCUCAGCCCCUGUGCUUGGUGAACGUGGACCUGUUGCCAAGCUCGCCCCACGUCGCUCACUGCCUUAAUCAGACCAGAUUUCCUGCCCACCUGACUAGCCCAACAUGGUAAACCUCUGGUCCUUGAGCAUUUGGUGUGAUUAAUGACCCACAAGAAAUGGGGUGUUAAGUCUCUGUCUCCCUUAAGUUUCUGUCAAAAUUGAACUUCAUAGUCGCUGGUGGUGGUGUUUUCCCCAAGUCCCAUAAGCAGCAAGGCUGUGGCAGGACUUGGGCAGGGGACAAAGUGUGAGCGUUGGCCACGGGGAACGUUUGUGGCCUACGGAAGUACAGUAGAUCCUGUGUAAUCCAUUGCGUUGGUUCCCAGAUGACACUGGGUCCCAGGUGUUCCCCUUGUCCGCAGUGGUCCAUUGUGCGGGGCUCGCCCCAACGUGGAAAUCUUACAGCACACCUGUCUGUCCGUGAAAGUCUAACUUAGGUGUUCUCUUGCACUUUAAAUGGUAAGACAGGAAGAUCCAAGAGUGGGGCUUUCUCCUCCUUACACCCAGGAAGCCGCACGCCCAAUUCUAUCUUAAGUAGAAGGCUCUCGAGUGCCUGGCCUUUAAGCACGUAGAAGUGCUUCCAAAUCCCACAUCAGACUGCGGCUUGAGCGUGAGUGUAGGCUCCGGAGGUUUGCGCUGCGGUGAGUCUUGAUUGUGAUAACCCCCUGUGGGGGUAUGGUUCACUUUACUCAUCGGCCUGGGGAGGGUUGUAAAGCUUACCACACAGGUGAACACCAGUGAUGCUCGUGUUGUGGGGUUUUUUCUCCCCCUUUAAGAAGGACGAGAGAAUUGUACCGUGUGAGGUGAAAGUGCACUGUGGUAGGGGCACUGGAAGCGGGAGGAAAACAGGGCAUGUGGUCUCGGGGGGUGGCAGUCAGAUGAAGACCAAGAAGGUCUUCUGAGGACCCCCGCUGAGACCAGCCGCUGUCUGAUGAAUUAGAUCCAGUGUCUACACCAAGGUUGUCCAUGGUCUCUUAGGGGCUCACUGAGGUGCCCCGGGAAUGGAGUGGCCAUGCUUCUUCCCCUGAGGUGAAAGCCUUCAGAAGUUAACAUCUUCUGCCUGUUUGGGUGAUGCUUCUUACUACUUUCAGCCCAGAUGACACUCCCCUUUAAAUCUUUUUCUCUCAGAUGAGACUCCCCUUUAAAUCUUUUUCUCUCUGCACCUAACGAAGACGAAGAUAGAAGGUUUUAAUGGAACCUGCUGUUCAGUCCCUCCUCCCACCAUCCGCUCUGUUAUCUGAAGGCGUAAAGAUGUAUGUUAGUGUACAUUUUCUUCCAGAAAACAUCGAAUCGCCUGGAUUUAAAUUAAGUGCAAUAUUUUGCGAACAGCUGCUCUUAGGGAAACUCCUGAAAAAAUGUGACAGUGUGCCGUGGUUUGAGAGAAUGGAAUAGUCGAGCAUUUGGUACAAGUCCAGUGUGUGUGAGACUCAGACAACUCAAGCUUUCUUCUUCAUCUUUUUUUAACUUUACAGUUCAGUGGUUUUAGUAAAUUCACAAAUUUAUGCAACUCUCCCCACUAUCUAAUUCUGGACUCGAGCUUUUUCAAACAGUAGGCAUCACUCGACAUCUCCGGCUGUACAGAUUGUGGACUCAGGGACGAAGGAGCUCCCAGCCCUACCCCCAUCUCAUGGCUGUGUCCCCUUCCACUGUCAGACCCUCCCUUGUUCUGCCAAGUUGGCUGUAAAAACACUGUGAGCCAUCGAAUCCAGGGGACAAAAGAGUUCCAGAUCCAGGGAAGAGAGGGAGAGAAAAUGGUGUGCUUCCUUUUGCUUCUACAUUUUAAUGGCCACCAUUCCCCAUUGCCUGUGGGCAUCAGGCUUCAUUUGGCCGAGGGCUGGCUGCCCCUUCCCUUGGAUCAAGCUGGACCCUGGUGGGCACCCUUCAUGUCUGUGAAUCUUUCUGAGGCACUCUGGAUAUGCCAGGGCUUGCAGCGGACGUUGCUGCCGCUGUUAGUGUAGAGAGAGUGAGGGAGGCGGCUAACCCGCAGGCCGCCAUGCUCUGCUCAUCGCUGGCUUUGACGCUUCCCAGACCUUUCCAGAUGCUUUCCUGAUGCUUCCCAGACCAGUGGGGAGGAGGCAGCAUGUCUCCUCCCCACUGGGAGAAGCAGGGAAGAAGAUGGAAAGCGGCACACUCCAUGCUCUCCAGUCUGGAGCUGUGAACAGAAGCUGCUAGAAACUGGCUCUGAUCUGAAAUGUUCUAGGGUCUAAAUCAUCCCACCUGAUCAUGACUUCUUUGCACAGAAUUUGUAUUUCCAGUGAUUCUCAUUAGAUGUCAGAUAAUCUUAUUUUCACCUGGAUAUGCUCAACCUACAUGGCAUAUUUAUUUUUGAGUCUUGUUGAAAGUUCAUGAAGCUUUUUAAUAAGCUGAUACACUCCAAGAAGACCUUUCUUUACUCGCUGCAGUUUACUGUUCUCUUCUUAAGGAAAUAAACCCUCCCGUUGUGUGUUUUCUUGCCUGCGUAAAGGGAGUAAAUAAAAUUUUAUAAAUUAUUCAAUUAAAAAUUGUGAUCCAGCUAGGACAUAUCCUGGAAUCGGUCAUUUACAUUUAAGUCAACUAAUCCUUUCCCCCGACCCUUCGUUGGUAGGAAACCUCUUGUACAUACCUGAGGACAGACUCAGUCGUGAGGUGGGCAAACACCUGCUCCCUUAGCGAACUGGACAUUGCAUUCUAGCACGGGAUUUUUUGGUGACAUACUGUUUUCAUGAUCACCAAGAUAAUGAUAGUUUGCUGGGGACAAAACAGAAACCCAAAAAUACUCUUCUGUGGCCUUUAAAUUGGUUACUCCAGCUUAGGUUUUGAGUAUGGUGGAGCCAGAACAAAACAUCCUACCUCCCCUCCCCAAUUCAAACCGCAAUGAAGCAGUAAAUAAAAGUACUCCAUUGCUGGUUUUGUGCGGAGAGUGGGAUCAGUCCCAAGUUUCUGGCAUGUACCAUUAGUGGUUUUGCUUCUGUGAUCAUGGUGAGCUAUUGAUAGAUUCUCUGAAACUCCCCCCCCCCCCCCCCCCCGUAAUGCAGUUACCCCAUCAAUCAAUUAGCAUCCAUGGGACCUCAGCCCCUCUGCUUUGUCACUCUUGUUUUCAUGGAAAUAUUGCCCUGCUAGGUAUGUUGAUUGCCCUGCCAUUUCUCCAGCAUAUCAGGUUUAAUUAUGGGAUCGGUAACAGUGACGGGAAUUGGAUUCCCUUGGGCACCUAAUUAUUUGUGUCCUUUGGGGUUGGAUUUUAAAUUCCAAAUUGUCUUGCAUCAAAGAGGAACAUCUUUGUGUUGAAUCUAAGUAUAGUUGCAUUGGUUUGGAAAAGCAUUUCAAGGUGCUUAAUAAUAUGAAAACGUGUGAUUCAACAACCUGUUUUACAUAUUUCUAUAAUUUUGAGGAGUGAGCCGGGGAAGAGCAAGAUGGCAUUAUUUAAAAUUCAGAACUUUAUCUGGAGAGAGGAAUUUCAAAAAGUUUAGCCCAUGUGUUAAGGAAGGAGUUGGUCUAAAAAGAUUAAUCACUGAAAGGAAUGAUAUUGGUCUUUUUACAUCAAAAGUAGUUAAGAAGCUAAAAGGUACAGUUAACACGAGUUUGGUAACCCAAAAGAUACAAAGCAGAUCUAACCUAUAAUUUUCUAAAGUCAGUGCAAUCCUUUGUUUAUAAGAAGCUGAAAAGUAAUGUACCUUGAUUGUUUUAGGAAUAGUUUAUGUGUUACCAUUUUAAUUUAUUUAAAACGUGUCUCCUGUCUUUGUCCUAAGAGAAAUGUUUCAACAAAACGUGCUCUGUGUUUAAGAUAUGUUUAGGCAGUAGUUAGUUCUGAAAAUGGAAACUAGAAAUGUUUGUUGUGAGGUCUUUUGCAGAAUUUCCAUUUUGUGAGAUACUGUGUAGUCCCACGUCAGCCUACAGUUGUAAAUCCCGUGUAGAUCAUCACCCUCUUCA